UUUUCGGCUGAUGACCGACGCCAUGGAUCGCUGGGAACGCUUGGGUCGCCUGGGGGUUGGCCAAAAGCCGCUCGUUGAAGAGGAUUGGCCACCGGAGCUGCCAAAGCCAACAGAGGUCAUAGCAGAUGAUGAGUCGACGGUCUCAGAUGUCGAUUCGCUGCAGGAUGAGAUGGUCUUGAAGAAACCAAGAAUAUCCAAAGCCAAGAAGCAUCCAUCGUGGUUCCAGAAGCAAGCCACACAAGCCUUCCAGCAGCAACUGGAUCGAAACCGCAGAAGCUUCGAAGGAUCCUGCCAGAAACGAGAGCAGGACAUGGAGACUUCGAUUUCCAGAAUUUCACAGAUUUCUUCGAUUGUCUGGAAAGUUUUGGGUCGCUGA